UUGGUGAUUCAUUGUGCGCGUUUGGUACCAUGCUUUUUGUUUGAUUUCUGAGCUAAAGUUUGCUGCAAGCUUUACGCUGGCUAAAGUACGAGUCUCACUUCAUAUAGAUGUCUAAUGCUUUGCUAUGGCUGUCAGUGCUCAGACUUUCGGGUUAAACGUGACUUCUUUAUUUUUCGUUACAUGACGCCUCAGCGGUAAAGCGCCGUUCGGCAUAUUAUGCCAUAGUAUAGCACACAGUAGAAAAUGUCGCACCCGAACAAUUCAAAGAUCAGGCAAGGGAGAACCUGAAAUGUUGUCAUCUUGCAUGAAAGUUAAGGAACGAAAAUUAUCGGAUGCGUAGGAUGAAAGGUGGAUUUAACAACUCAAUUGGAGAUGAGAAAAGCAAAAAAAAAAGACGGAACAACGUUGAUGAUAACCCGUCGCUGUAAUAGUGGGCAUGAUAUCUAAAGCGUCAGCAGGUGGCCCUAUGGUGUGCAUCACACAUCCUAAAGCUCCGGCGUAAAAUGUGGCACUUCUUGCGCACCCACGUCCUCUCGUUUAAGCACAAGUCUAGUUGUGCGCGGGAGUAGUAAAAUUACUUUUAAAUAAAGUACUCUCUUCUCACAGCGGGCAAAAAGUACCUCUGACCUUUGUGCAGUUGCUGAACCUCAGCGUGGCCGGAAUCCAGCCAAGCCUCGUAGCUAUGCACAUGCGCAUGGACCGAGAGGCGCUAUUGUCGGUCAUGUUAAAUGAGACGCGCUUUGUGACCAUCAUGCGACGGCCGGUCGACUUAUUUCGCUCGCUGUACGACUACUAUGCCCUCCAGCGCCACUUCGGCGACGAGCCGCUCGAGGAGUUUGUCUUCAACGACGACCACGUGCGUGCCCUGCAAGAGACGCGCUUCGCCGGUAAUCUCGGCUUCAACCAGAUGGCCUUCGAUCUGGGCAUGCACCCGGCACAUUUCGACGACCACGACAAGGUAGAAGAGCUCAUUUCCACAGUCCAGUCUACCUUCGACGUUGUGAUGGUUGCCGAGCGGUUCACCGAGUCUCUCGUGUUGCUGCGCAAGAAGCUGUGCCUACCAAGCCUACGCAGUGUCGUAGUGUUUAGGAAGAACGCACUGCAGAACCGCACUACCCUGACCCCACGGGUGGCGGCCCGACUCGCGCAGCUGAAUGCAGCCGACACACGCAUAUACGAGCACUUCGCUCGCCGUCUGCAAAGUCAGCUGCACGCCCUUGGCGACCAGAGCGUCGCCUCAGAGGUGGCCCGCAUUGAGGCCACCACACGGCACUGGCUCGAGCGCUGCGUCGAGUCCACAACCACUGGCCGCCGCGUCGUGGCGCACAGGCUGCGUGAAGGCAUGGACUACGACGCAACCUGUCACCGCUUGGCUCUCUCCGAGAUCGAGUUUACAAAGGAGCUGCGCUGGGCGCAGACACGCCUAGCGAGACAGAGAACUGGCUUCUUCUACCACUGACAGUAUCUGCUUACGAUGUUCCACUUUUGAACAUGAUGUAUAACUUACUUUUCGCCACACACUUGUUUUAAUUCUGUUUUGUCUUC